CACGCUUAAUCCAACUGUAUAAAAAGCUCGAGGACACAAAAGGAGUUAUUUUACCUGUCGCCUCCAACUCGGAAGAACGCACUUUAACCUCCCAGGACGCAUCGCCAGACUAUCUCUCGCCAUGUCCAUUGUAGCCAGUCGCAGUAGUAGCCGUAGCUACAGCUCACGUAGCGGUGUCGGUUCGAGUGGCCUCAGUUCUACCGGUGGGAUGCUGUUUUCCAACGGUUUGGGAGGCGGUAGGUCCCGUAUGAGCGUGUCAUCUCUUGGGAGCAGUCGCGCGCCGAGUGUAUAUGGAGGUGCCGGGGGAUACGGCACCCGUAUCUCUCAAUCCUCUUUCUCUAUGGACGGGCCAGGCCAGAUCACUUUCAGCGCCAACGAGAAGCAUACCAUGCAGAAUCUGAACGACCGUUUGGCCACCUACCUGGAAAAGGUGCGCUCUCUAGAGGCAGCCAAUAGUAAGUUGGAGCUGCAGAUCAAAGAGUUCUACGAGAUGAGAUCACCGACUCACAAGAAGGACCUCAGUGGGUUCUAUGCCACCAUCGCAGACAUCCGCAACAAGAUCCAUGCCAGGUCUGUGGAGAACUCUCAGAUUAUCCUGCGGGUGGAUAAUGCCAGACUUGCAGCUGAUGACUUUAAGAUGAAGUUAGAGAAGGAGGCUAACAUGCGUAUGACAACGGAAGGGGAUGUGGCUCGUCUGAGAGGAGUCCUAGACAGCUUUACACAUGCCAGAGGAGACCUGGAGAUGCAGAUUGAGGGGCUGAAGGAGGAGCUGGUCUACCUCAGGAAGAACCAUGAGGAGGAGAUGCAUUUGAUGCGGACUGGAGCAGUUGGUGCUGUGAAUGUGGAGAUGGACUGUGCUUCCUCAGUGGACAUGAGCAAGGUGCUGGAGGAGAUGAGGACCCAGUAUGAGGGCAUGGUGGCGAAGAACCAGAGAGAUGCUGCCGAGUGGUUCAAGAGCAAGGUGGAGGUGCUUCAGAACCAGAUCACCACCAGCACCACAGAGGUGAAGACCUCUCAGUCUCAGGUGACCGACCUGAAGAGGACCUUCCAGAGCCUGGAGAUUGAACUGCAUGGCCUGCUCACUCAGAAGGGGUACCUGGAGCAGAGCGUCACUGAUAUAAAUGGUCGCUAUGGCUCCCAGCUGAGCCAGCUGCAGGUUCAUAUCAACAGCAUGGAGGAGGAGCUUCAGCAGCUCAACGUCAGCAUCCAGCAGCAGGCCUCCGAGUACCAGAUCCUCCUGGACAUCAAGAUGAGGCUGGAGAUGGAGAUCGCUGAGUACAGGAGGCUGCUAGAUGGAGAGGGACUCAGUAGGCAUGUAGAGACCCGACAGGAGGUCAGGAAAGUGAUCGUGGUUGAGAAGGUCCAGGAAGUACAACAAGUCCAGGAAGUGGUGGAAGAGUACAACCCACACAUGCAGAAGCGUGUGAGGGUGAUCGUGGAGGAGAUGGUGGAUGGGAAGGUGGUGUCCACCUCAGUUGAUGAGAAGGUCCAGGAUAAAGCUCGAGGACACAAAAGGGGUUAUUUUACCUGUCGCCUCCAACUCGGAAGAACGCACUUUAACCUCCCAGGACGCAUCGCCAGACUAUCUCUCGCCAUGUCCAUUGUAGCCAGUCGCAGUAGUAGCCGUAGCUACAGCUCACGUAGCGGUGUCGGUUCGAGUGGCCUCAGUUCUACCGGUGGGAUUCAGUUUUCCAACGGUUUGGGAAGCGGUAGGUACCGUAUGAGCGUGUCAUCUCUUGGGAGCAGUCGCGCGCCGAGUGUAUACGGAGGUGCGGGGGGAUACGGCACCCGUAUCUCUCAAUCCUCUUUCUCUAUGGACGGGCCAGGCCAGAUCACUAUCAGCGCCAACGAGAAGCAUACCAUGCAGAAUCUGAACGACCGUUUGGCCACCUACCUGGAAAAGGUAAGGAAGAGUGACGGGGAUUUGGAGCUGCAGAUCAAAGAGUUCUACGAGAUGAGAUCACCGACUCACAAGAAGGACCUCAGUGGGUUCUAUGCCACCAUCGCAGACAUCCGCAACAAGAUCCAUGCCAGGUCUGUGGAGAACUCUCAGAUGAUCCUGCGGGUGGAUAAUGCCAGACUUGCAGCUGAUGACUUCAAGAUGAAGUUAGAGAAGGAGGCUAACAUGCGUAUGACAACGGAAGGGGAUGUGGCUCGUCUGAGAGGAGUCCUAGACAGCUUUACACAUGCCAGAGGAGACCUGGAGAUGCAGAUUGAGGGGCUGAAGGAGGAGCUGGUCUACCUCAGGAAGAACCAUGAGGAGGAGAUGCAUUUGAUGCGGACGGAGCAGUGUGGUGCUGUGAAUGUGGAGAUGGACUGUGCUUCCUCAGUGGACAUGAGCAAGGUGCUGGAGGAGAUGAGGACCCAGUAUGAGGGCAUGGUGGCGAAGAACCAGAGAGAUGCUGCCGAGUGGUUCAAGAGCAAGGUGGAGGUGCUUCAGAACCAGAUCACCACCAGCACCACAGAGGUGAAGACCUCUCAGUCUCAGGUGACCGACCUGAAGAGGACCUUCCAGAGCCUGGAGAUUGAACUGCAUGGCCUGCUCACUCAGAAGGGGUACCUGGAGCAGAGCGUCACUGAUAUAAAUGGUCGCUAUGGCUCCCAGCUGAGCCAGCUGCAGGUUCAUAUCAACAGCAUGGAGGAGGAGCUUCAGCAGCUCAACGUCAGCAUCCAGCAGCAGGCCUCCGAGUACCAGAUCCUCCUGGACAUCAAGAUGAGGCUGGAGAUGGAGAUCGCUGAGUACAGGAGGCUGCUAGAUGGAGAGGGACUCAGUAGGCAUGUAGAGACCCGACAGGAGGUCAGGAAAGUGAUCGUGGUUGAGAAGGUCCAGGAAGUACAACAAGUCCAGGAAGUGGUGGAAGAGUACAACCCACACAUGCAGAAGCGUGUGAGGGUGAUCGUGGAGGAGAUGGUGGAUGGGAAGGUGGUGUCCACCUCAGUUGAUGAGAAGGUCCAGGAUAUAAACUGAGAAGGCCAGAUAGUUCCGGGAUCUGGUGAAGUGGUAAUGGACCACACAUACCCCUGCAAACGGGGGUUCAAGCCUCGUCUCUAUAUAUAUGUCAUGGUUGCAUACUGUAAUAUUUCCCUUCUGACAGGAUUGCAUCAGCUGAAUGAUAACUGAUGUAAUUUACUCAUGUUACCUUAUAACUCUUAUAUGGCUCUAUCAUAUAGCAAAUUGAAUAUUAUUUAUAGAAUGUGUUUUUCCCGUUGUUCCAUUCGUUGCCACCAGGUGGCAUUUCUCUCAUUUAAACAUCUUUGGCCAGCCCAAUUAAAAGUGGAAACAGAUUAUUACAGUUACAUAAGUGACAUCAGGGAAAAUAUU